AUGGGAGGAUGGAAUUGGAGAUACCCUUUACCUUUGAUUUUCCUCUGCUUCGUGAUUUCUUCUGAGUUUUGGGGAUUUCCAGAUCACAAUUCGCUACUUGAACAAAUUCUCGAGGUUUUGGAAUAUCCUGAAGAUAACAGUGUGUCAAAACCGAGAGAAGACGGUUUUCAUGAAACUCAUUGUUCAAGAGAACGUAGCAGAAUUGCUUGGGAAAUCGUUCAAGAGUAUUUGAUGCCGUAUGUGGAAAAUGAGCGGUAUCAAUUACCGAGUAAUUGUAGAGUUCAUCGAGACAAUGACAUUUAUAGAGCACAAAAUACGGCUCGGCUCAAGUCUAAGUGUAAUCCUGCAGCUGCUGCAAGAAACCGGCUCUUAUGUGAGAGUUUGGCUAAUACUUGUUUUCCGGUAAACAAUGGUCCAUCAGCCAACCGUCUUCACGAAUUCUUCUUGCGCCAGUUUUGCGAUGCACAUACAUGUUCAGGAGGUUCAAAGCCCUUAUCGAAAAAAACCAAAGAAGAGAAGUAUGCUCUACAUUAUUAUCUCCAUCAUUACUUUGCUAUUGCUUCUUCUCUUUUACACCUUUGUCUAUUUGUGCCAAAGGGGAUUAAAGAAUGGAGCUCAAGAACUGAAACGUAUUAG